CCCCCAAAAUAAACCCGGACUCCCCCACCCCAUUUUUCUUUUUGGAAUAUAGGAUGUAUUCCGCGGGGACAGAGAGCUUCCUCCGCCAGGCCAGGGAGAUCCAGGGUGAAGAACUGAGAAAAUUCAUUUCACGAAUCACAGGCUUUCUCCAAAAUCAAGACUUCGGAAAUGAAACUGUUGAUAGCUUGCAAAGGCUGUUUUUGAUCGUCUCAGCCACUAAAUAUGGACGGAGGAUAGAUGGCAAAUUUCUGGAACUUCUGCAGACAGUGUUGCACCUGUCAAAGACUCCUGAGCAAGUCCAGUUUCUUUGUGCUGCCAUCCUGAGAGAGACGUCGCUUUGUAAUGAUUUAUCUGUGUCUUGGGAUAACAUCCAGGACACCAAGCUCCUGAGCCUUGCCUUCUCCAUCGUGCUAGCCCAGGGCAGUAAAAAGGCAGUGGUGGAAGCUUUCGGGCAGCGUGUGGUGAAAGUCCUGGAAGGCAGGCUUCCUGAAGGUCAAAAUGCACGGCACCUUCUCCCCCUCCUGUCAAAAAUCAUCAGCUUUGUACCGAUGAGCCUUAGUGAAGAUCAGAUCAAUCUGCUCAGCAAAAGGAUGGUGGACUGGCUGAGGUAUGCCAGCGUCCAGCAAGGAGUCCCCCAGUCCUCAGGAGGAUUCUUCAACCCUCGAGCAAGACAGCCUGGCCCCAUCACGGAGGUGGACGGCACAGCCACCACGGACUUCUUCACUGUGCUCUCUGUCGGCCAGUAUUACACAGAGGACCAGUGGUUCAACAUGCAGGCUUUUUCCAUGCUGAGGAAGUGGCUGCUGUGCUACGGGAGCAACGGGGCAAGCAGUCCAAAUUCAGACGAUAAGUCGGAAGUGGACGGGUCAGUCAUGUCCAUGGUCUCGGUCACCUCUUCCUCCAGCCGCCUGCUCCCCCCCAAGGAGCGCUUGCGGGAAAAGGCCUUUGAGUACUGCCAGCGGCUCAUAGAGCAAAGCAACCGCCGGGCUCUGAAGAAAGCCGACGGGGAGCUCCAGAAAGCCUGCCUUAUUGAAGCCAUCACCAUCAUGGAUAUCAUUUGCAGACAGGACUCUUCCUACGUCUAUCGCUCGCUCUCCUGCCUGAAAAAUGUGCACAGCCGGAUCAGCGGGGACCUGUCUUAUGCCAGGGUGCUGCUGCCCAUUGCCCAGUUCUUUCUGAACCACAGUGAGACGGCAGCUGUGGACUCUGAAGCUGUUUACAGGCACCUGUUCACCAAAGUUCCUGCUCAGCUUUUCCACAGCCCGAUGCUGGCCUUUGAGUUUAUCCAGUUCUGCAGGCACAACAUUCGGUUCUUCAGUGAGAACCUCAGCAUCUUCCGACAGAACUUCCCAAAUCUAUUCAAGUUCCUGGCAUGGAACAGCCCAGCCCUUGUCGCCGAUUAUAUGGACCUUCUGCCAGCCCUGCUUGGGACCGACACGGCCCUGGAGCUCUUCCACCUGCUGCUCGACUUGCCUUGUGUGGCAGCGGCGCUGGAUGUCCAGCUGAGGUCUGCCCUGACUCCCCUGCCUGAGAGGACUCCUGUGGACUCCACUCUGAAGCCAGCCACCUGCCUGGAAGCUUACCGCCACCCAGACUACCGAGGCCUCUUCCAGUAUCUCCUUCGGGUCGAGUCGGCUCCUGGAGACCCUGGCAGAUUGACUCCCAUCCGCCAGCUCCUGGGAUCCAUGGCCAGUUCCCCUCGCGUGGUGCAGUGUGCGGAGAGCGUCCCUGUCUUACUGCAGCUCUACUUUGGAGUCGUAGGCGAGUUUGCAGAUGGGGCUCUUGCAAACAAGCUGGUCCUGGCAAUCCUGGAGAGGAGCGACCAGCUUUAUGGAAUCCCGGCUUUCAAGGCAGAGGUGUACAGGGUGAUGAGCUCCCAGCUGUCGGUUCUGUGCAAGCGGCACCCUUCGCUGGUGGUGGAGCUGUCCCAACAGCUUUUGGAGUUUUCGGGAACGGUCACCAACAUUGAGAGCAAAGAGGACCUAUUCACUGACGUGGUGUGGACCAUUGGCGAGUACGCGUCCGUAUCGCACGACAAGCGGUGCACGGUGGAGCAGAUCAACAGGUUCUUCGAAGUCCUUGAGGCCAUGGUCUUUGAGAUCACUCAGCUGCGGCCCUUGGCCAGCAUCCCCAAAUACUCUCCUCGCGCCAUUGCCGUCCUCAUGACCGCGCUCACCAAGCUGGCAUCUCGCAGCCAGGACUUGAUCCCAAGGGUGUCCCUCUUCUUGUCCAAGAUGCGGACCUUCAUCCAGAACCCGGCCGUCUCCUCCACCUACAGCCCCGAGGACGCCGAGGCCAUCCUGACCCGGGCCACGGAGCUGAUGAACUUGCUGAAGAUGCCCAGCGUGGCUCAGUUUGUGCUGACCCCGUCCCCCGAGGUCUUGAGCCCCCGGUUCCACCGCGACACAAAUGUUUCCCUGCCACUGGCCAUGAAGGCAGCCAGCCAGAUCCUGGAAAGGGGAGCAAGCUCUAUUCCUGGCUGAGUCCUUCAGGUGGAAAUGUAUCGUCAAGGGCUGUUGGCUGUGGGGCAUAGGCAGAGGCAGAGGCAGAGUUUGGGAGGGUGUGGGACAGGAUUUCCCCACCAACAGGGUGGAGGGAGUCUCUCUAGGGAAGGUUUGUGGGCGAAGGAAUGAAAUUGGCCAAGUCGAACAAUUUCCUUUUUGAAAACAGGCUUGAUUUUUGCCUUCCCCAUUGUUUGGGGUGAUUCUGCCUCCCUCCUCUGACUUUUCAGGUGCUUCGAUUUGCCUGUCCUGUGCUUGUAACUGGGCAAACAGUUUACAGACUUCUUUCCCCAACCCAGUAAUCAAUGUUGUUGGAUCUGGGCUCCCCUAUGAAUAAAAUGUUGGUUUGGCAUAGCCAGGCGCAGUGCAAGCUUGUUCCCUGAUCUGCUGCCUCAGAAAGCAGACCUCCAGGGGCAGAAGACUCCCGGCUCCCAUCUUUGGGGGUCUGAGUCUCUGGACUCCCUUGGAGCAGCAAAGGGUUAGGGGCGUUUUUGCACUCCCGGCUAGCCCUCUGAGCCAGUCCCCCAUUCCUUUCCCCCAGCUCUCCUUAGCUUGAGCCAAUUCAGAGAAGUCAGGCCAGCUGAAGGUCACAGGUGUCAUGCUCAGCAUAUGUGCCAAGACCACAUAACACCGGUCUUGAAAGAUCUACAUUGGCUCCCAGUACGUUUCCGAGCACAAUUCAAAGUGUUGGUGCUGACCUUUAAAGCCCUAAAUGGCCUUGGUCCAGUAUACCUGAAGGAGCGUCUCCACCUCCAUCAUUCUGCCCGGACACUGAGGUCCAGCACCGAGGGCCUUCUGGCGGUUCCCUCGUUGCGAGAAGCCAAGUUGCAGGGAACUAGGCAGAGGGCCUUCUCGAUGGUGGCGCCUGCCCUGUGGAACGCCCUCCCAACAGAUGUCAAAGAGGAAAACAACUACCAGACUUUUAGAAGACAUCUGAAGGCAGCCCUGUUCAGGGAGGCUUUUAAUGUUUAAUAGAUUAUUGUGUUUUAUUUUUCUGUUGGAAGCCGCCCAGAAUUAUUAUUAUUAUUAUUAUUAUUAUUAUUAUUAUUAUUAUUAUUAUUAUUAUUAUUAUUGCAGGCACGGCUGGGAAAAGGCUCCCAGCCUGAAACCCAGGAGAGCGUUAAUGGCGUUGACCUCAGUAGAACACCAGAAGGGCCUGCUGGAUCAGGCCAGUGGCCCCUCUAGUCCAGCAUCCUGUUCUCACUGUGGCCAACCAGAUGCCCCGACGGGGAGCCCGCAAGCAGGAGCUGAGCACAAGAGCCCUCUGCCCAGCUGCAAUUCUCAGCAAUGCAGAGCCAUAGAUCAGGGGUAGGCAACCUAAGGCCCAUGGGCCACAAGUGGCCCACAGGGGUUGUUUAACCGGCCCACGAGCCGCCCCCGAACUGAGCCACCCACUUGGCAAGUCCCCAUGCGCUGCACUAAACCAGUGCAGUGCGGCGCAGGGACUUGCUUCUGCAGCGCCAGAAAUUGCGUCUGCGCAGUUGCCGGAAAUUGUGUGUGCGUGUGCAUGAGUGCGUGUGCAAUCCAGCCCACAGAGGGAUCUCCACUGGAGUGAACCAACCCAGGCGAGGUAAACCUUGCCCCGACUCCUGCUAUAGUAAAAGGCAAAGGACCCCUGAACAGUUAAGUCCAGCCAAAGGUGACUAUGGGGUUGCGGCGCUCAUCUUGCUUUCAGGCCGAGGGAGCCGGCGUUUGUCCACAGGCAGUUUUCCGGGUCAUGUGGCCAGCAGGACUAAACCGCUUCUGGUGCACUGAGGAACGUGACAAGUGCCAGAGUGCAUGGAAACGUCAUUUACCUUCCCGCCGCAGCGGUACCUAUUUAUCUACUUGCACUGGCGUGCUUUUGAACUGCUAGGUUGGCAAGAGCAGGGACAGAGCAACAGGAGCUCACCCCGUUGUGGGGAUUCGAACCGCCAACCUUCCAAUCAGCAAGCCCAAGAGGCUCAGUGGUUUAGACCACAGAUCCACCCAUGUCCAACCUUUAACCUCUGAUAUAGUACAGCCUAAUAAUAGCCUCCUGGAUCAGGCCAGUGGUCCAUCUGGCCCAGCAUCUCUUUCCACACCGAGUUUUCCUCUGGCGGGAAGCAUUUUCAAGCGCCCCACCUUGCUGACACCAGUGAAGAUCGUGCAAGGUCUCUGGAGCCCCUCACACCCUUCCAUAGUCCUCGCCUGACAUUUCCAGGGCGCUAUAUGGUAGGAAUAGUCGCACUGGGCAUUUUCCGGACCAGGCGCAAUUCUGCCUUUGCGCACAAACCGCCAUGAAUGUAAUCUCUCCCCCCCCCCAGUAAGUUGCUGGCCUGCUUUUCAACUGUGCGCCUCUUGAGUCUGUGUGAAUGGUGUUCCCCUUCCCGGCACUCCUUUGCCUUCCCUUUUGCAAAAAUGAACACAGAGCCCAGAAUGAGACACGGCUGCCAACCCUUGUUACGACGGUUGCUAGUUUUACUGUAUCCAGUUAUUAAACCCAGAGGAAAGGAGCUUGGACAUGCCGGCCCCUUGUCCCUGGCCUUGUUCUUUAUCACAUCGCCUGCAAUACUGUAACUAUAUACAAUAUUAUUAUUUUUUAAAAAAGAUGCACGUUAUUAACAAACGAAGGUUGUCGCCCUUCCUCAAUCCAGGGAGAAAAACGGCUGUCUUUCAGUCCAGCGAACCGAGGAUGCUCAUCCCGGCAGAAGGGAUUGAAAAUGUUUGCCUUUCGGCUUGAGAUAAGUGCUGCUUUAAUACUGUUCGCCUAGAAAAUGGAAGCUUCUCCUGUUCAUCGGGGUAUUGGAGGAGGUCUUGUGUAAAUGAGAUAAAGUCUCUCUACAUGAAUGGGACCACUGAUGAAACUUCGCUUGAAUCAUUGGCAUAUUUUGGCUUCUUUUCCUGAUCUGCUGCCCGGCACACAAAGGACGGUGGGCAGCGUAGCUCUUGCGGCCGUAAGCAGAACUGCCGCAUGCCGUGGCAAGGAGGGCCAGUCUGUUUGAAAAGGGCCGUUCCUUUAAGGAAGAUGGAUCCGCCAGCAGCUAUAUUGGCUACAGCAGCCCUGUUGAGCCUCCUUGCUCAGAAGCAGUUGAGCUGCUGAAUGCCGGCUGCAGGGAGGGCGUCUGCCUUCAUGGCCUUCCUUGUGAGCUCCCUGGAGAAGGCAUCUUGCCCAGCCGCGAUUCAGAGAGAGGCUCCUGGGCUUGGAGACUUAGACUAGGUCUGUUGCAGCCGGGCAUGGCUCUCUCAUGUGCUUCUUAAGCAGGUGUUGUGACAGCCCAGCAAAUCUGAAGAUUUAGGGCCAUCCAGUUAUUUAACCCAGUGCCUGGAGGCGGUUGGAGGAUGGAUGGUGGCUAACAGAUUGAGGUUGAAUCCUGACGAGACAGAAGUACUGUUUGUGGGGGACAGGAGACGGGCAGGUGUGGAGGAUUCCCUGGUUCUGAAUGGGGUAACUGUGCCCCUGAAGGACCAGAUGUGCAGCCUGGGAGUCAUUUUGGACUCACAGCUGUCCAUGGAGGUGCAGGUCAAUUCUGUGUCCAGGGCAGCUGUCUAUCAGCUCCAUCAGGUACGCAGGCUGAGACCCUACCUGCCUGCAGACUGUCUAGCCAGAGUGGUGCAUGCUCUAGUUAUCUCCCGCUUGGACUACUGCAAUGCGCUCUACAUGGGGCUACCUUUGAAGGUGACUUAGAAACUACAACCAAUCCAGAAUGCGGCAGCUAGACUGGUGACUGGGAGCGGCCGCCGAGACCACAUAACACCGGUCUUGAAAGAUCUACAUUGGCUCCCUGUACAUUUCCAAGCACAAUUCAAAGUGUUGGUGCUGACCUUUAAAGCCCUAAAUGGCCUCGGUCCGGUAUACCUGAAGGAGCGUCUCCACCCCCAUCGUUCUGCCCGGACACUGAGGUCCAGCACCAAGGGCCUUCUGGCGGUUCCCUCGUUGCGAGAAGCCAAGUUGCAGGGAACUAGGCAGAGGGCCUUCUCGGUGGUGGCGCCUGCCUUGUGGAACGCCCUCCCAACAGAUGUCAAAGAGGAAAACAACUACCAGAUUUUUAGAAGACAUCUGAAGGCAGCCCUGUUCAGGGAGGCUUUUAAUGUUUAAUAGAUUACUGUGUUUUAUUUUUCUGUUGAAAGCCGCCCAGAGUG